CAUGUCUGUCCGGGCUGCACGGCGCGCAGUAAAAACAACAAUUCCUGCGUGUUAUUUUUUAAACUUGAACGUAAUUUUCCUGCUUGAAUCUCCUCAAACGGUUCAAAACUGAGCGGAGGUUUGUUUACCGGCAGCGGGACAGGGAAGGCGACACCGGGGUCGGAGCCCGGAGAGGAGCGACGCUACGCGGCUGAUUCUCGCCCAGGACGCUGGACGCUAUUCCCGCACGACACUUUGGAUUACUUUGGUGCGCAGUUUAUGAGCGGAAUAGCAGCAGAUGCAACUACAUUAAUUUAUCCGCUGCUUCCCGGCAUGUCGCUUCUCUUCAGUGGGUAAUAAAAAAGCUUCUGAUUUGCGCGCAGCGGAUGCACCCUCUUCCGUGCGCUUUGUGCACAUCGCAGCUCCGGGAAAACCUGUAGCAGAACAACAGUGUUUUUUCUCAUUCACCUGAACUUAUUUAUCCACUCGAGCGUUUUAAAUCAGAGAAAGCUGUGAAGAUCAGGAUGCGUCGCAGCUGAAAGCACGAGUCCGGGACUUUUUGGUGUUGAGAUCAGAUCUGGAACAGGACGAGAGCGGAAUCAGGAUGACUCUCGGCGGCGUGAUGUUGAUGCUUCUCCCGGUGGGCUGCCUGCUCUCCGGUGGCUCCUGGGCUGCGACUCUGGGCGGACUGGGAGACACCAUUCUGGGUCCAAACACCUUCCUGGGCGCCGCCAACUUCAGCACCUUCCUGCUGGAUCGGUCCACUGGGAUGCUCUUCCUCGGAGCCAGAGAUGCCAUACUGGCUGUGGACACCAACAAACUGAACGAACGGCCAAGAAAGAUUGUUUGGGACGUACCAGAGGACAAGAGGAGGUCUUGUGUUGGAAAGGGAAAGACAGAGGUCGACUGCAACAACUACAUCCGCCUGCUGGAGUUUCUGGGAGAUGGACGCAUCUAUGUGUGCGGCACCUACGCCUUUGACCCCCAGUGUGUCUUCCUGGAGGUCUCCUCCUUCACCCUGGAGAAAGCUGAGGAUGGCGGGGUGAAGAUGGAGACGGGGAAGGGCAAGUGUCCCUUUGAGCCCAGUCAGCAUUACACAGCUGUUAUGGCGGGUGGGACCUUGUACACGGCAGCCACCAGUAACUUCCUGGGAACCCUCUUCGACAUCUCCCGGGCGACGGGCUCCGAGCAGGAACGCAUCCGAACCGAACGAUCCAUCAACUGGCUCAGCGACCCAGAGUUCGUCAGCUCGGCCUUCAUCGAGGAGACCGCAGACAACAACCCGACGGGAGACGACGACAAAAUCUACUUCUUCUUCACCGAGGUGGCCAAAGAGUACGACCUCUACACCAAAGUCAAAGUGCCCAGAGUGGCGCGGGUCUGCAAGUCGGACGUGGGAGGGAUGAAGACUCUGCAGCGACGUUGGACUACUUUUCUCAAGGCGCAGCUCGUGUGUGAGGACAAACCCAGCGGCCAGCGCUACAACAUCCUCACUGACGUCUUCACCAUGCAACACACUCCGGGCGACCCCAGCAGCACACACUUCUAUGGACUGUUCACCUCCCAGUGGGAGCGUGAAGAGUUGUCAGCUGUGUGUGUUUUCAGUCUGUCUGACAUCAGCAAAGUGCUGGACGGUCCCUUUAAAGAGCUGAAGAAAACCUGCGAGACAUGGAUCAACCCUGAACCCGUCCCCACACCGAGGCCUGGACAGUGUUUAAACAACGCAUUAAAGGCCGAAGGAUUCGAGUCCUCCCUGAAACUUCCCGACAAGGUGCUGACAUUCGUGAGGGAUCAUCCUCUGAUGGAGAACAGUGUCACUGCAGCACCUGUGCUGGUCAGGAAGGGAGUGAGAUACACCAAGCUGGCUGUAACUCUGACAGAGGAGAGGAGGGGAGCAGUGCUGCAUCUUGGAACAGACCGUGGGGAGCUCCACUGGGUGGCAGUAGUGGGCCAGAAUGCCACCUUACUGCAGGAGAUCCCUCUGUUCACAUCACAGGAGCCUGUUAACAACAUAUUACUGCACCAGGGCCGGGCUCUGGUGGGCAGCCCUCUGUCUCUGGCUCGUGUCCAGACUAAAGGCUGCUCUCUGUAUCCGAGCUGUGAGGUUUGUGCCAGAGCCAGAGGCCUGGACUGCGAGUGGAGCGCAGAGGAGAAAGCCUGCAGGCCCGCAAAAGCCGAGCCUGGUCCAGGUGAUAUGGUGGACGAUGCCCUGAGAAAGUGUCAUGCAGAAGAGGGCCGUUGCGCUCCGUCCAUCAGGGAGCUGCGGGUGUCUUUGGGUUUGCGCCUCUUGUUGCCAUGUGUGCAGCUGUCUCCACGGCCCUGUAGCUGGGAACAUCCCCCCGACAGACACACCAGGCAGCACCACUCUGACCUGGAGGUGACUGUCACCAAGGACAGUCUGGGAAAAUACGUCUGCACGUGUCAGGAGGCAGGACCAGGCAUCAGAGAGCCCACCCCCUGCCGCAGAGCAGCCUAUCAGCUCACACUAGAGGACCCCACUGCUGGAGGAACGGUAGCAGCAUCCGGCGGUCGCCAAGUCCUCGCCAUCUACAUCCUCUUCUUCUUCUGCGGUUUUCUCUUUGGCGUGUUCCUCCUCUACUUUGUGACCCGCCGUCGUAGCAUUUCUCGCCAAGGCCACCACCUGCCGGAUAAUUCGCUGUCAUCGGAGAAGGGGCGGGACUUGCUGGGCUCCUCGGCCACUCCACAGUCCCCCAGCAGCGCCAGCCUGAUGUCCGAGGGCUUCCGGCUGACGGAGAAACGGAACGGGACCACGACCUCAACCACGACGACCACGCUCCUCAGCAACCAGGGUAACGGUGGUCACCAUGGCAACAGCUACAGCGGCACCCUGAUUAGCAGCAACCCCAGCAACGGCCACGGCAACUCCCUGUACGCCAACUGCAACACGAGCAGCAGCGGGCUGAAGUUCGCCUCGGAGAUUUUAGCUGCAGACUUGCUGGAUGGAAGGACGGGGGAGCGGGAGAGGGUGAGGCCAGAGGGGGGAGAGAGGGAGUCAGGGGAGGGGGACGAGGUGGACGAGGGGCUGAGGGAUGGGAUGGGGGAGGGAAUGAAAAAACUAGAGGAGGAGCUCAGCAGCUUUCCCAUGUAUAAAUCAUCAGCACCACUGGCUAAGUGUGAAGAAAGUUCGAUAUGAAACACAUACUGCUGAUUGCACCAUUUUUCAUCCUCCAAAUGUACUGAAUGCUACUGGAAAAAAAAGUGGCUACUGCCAAAUGCCUUUGACUGGGAGCUGUGGCAUGAAGAGAGACGACAGAGAUUUAUGAGAAAUAUAAGUUUAGUGUCUAAGCAUGUGAGAGAGACCUGUUACGGAUGGAGAGAACAUGAAGCAGUGUUGGGAACAACUACUUAUUGUGGGUCAUCAGGAUGAGAGCCACAGCUGAAUAAAUGUGUCAGAUGUAAAUAUAAAAUGUAAAUAUAAGCAGUCUGGAAUUGACUGUGAACAUGAAAGUGAGCGGGUUUAUCCUGCAUUUGAAAUAUUACCAAGAAUCAAAGAUGAAAUGUCUACAUGUGUAGACAUGGAAAAGCCAUAUUGUUGUUCUCCUUGACUUGUUUUCUUGUUGUUCGCUCUCAUUCACUUCCUGAUGGCACUGCAAAGCAAAAGUGCACUUUUCUUGCAGCACCUCUCUGUCUCUUGCUGUUUGUAUUUCUCUCUCUGACACACCACUCAAAUCCCAAACCCUGAUGGGUCCAAAGGCACCAAAGGACCGCUGAGCCAUAGACGGCCCAGUCAGACUGCAUCAGUCCUGGGCUUCCACCAGAGCGACUGAAGAACUCUGAACCCUCUGCAGUCUUCAGAUGGUCACUGUGAUGGGGCUAUUCCUGCCCACACUGCUGCAGAGGUGAGGAGGCUCACAGAUAGAAGGUUAUCUAUCAGAUCUGAGUCAGUGUGGAAGGUGCACAGCAGAUGCAAGAAACUGACAGCUGCCCACAUCUGUCACCGUUCACAUUUACCAUCACUGAAGUAGAAGGAAAAGGACUUUCAGAGGAUGGGAAAUUCAUUCCAGUCUUGAAGAAUGGACCGUGCCAGACUCAAAGCCACCAUCACCUCAUUUUGUGUGUGUGGAUUCAACAUAAAGAUGUUUUUGUCAUGUUGUUUUGUAAUAAAACAUUUAAAAGUU